UAUAUAUAUAUAUAUAUUAGUAUCUCGUUUUAUUUUUAAUUAGGUUUAUGUGAAUUAUAUAUGUCAUUAUCAAAAAAUCAAAAUAAAUCAUUUCAUGAAAGUGAUCAAGCACUUUAUAGUUCAUAUUUAAAAUUUCUUAUAGAAAAAUUAGUUGUUUAUAAUGAUAUAGAUUCAAAUAAAACAACUAUUCGAAAAGAUUUAUUUAAUUUUUUUCAAAUUGAAAUUGAACAAUUAAAAAAUUCUAAUCAUUUUUCUGUUAUUGAAAAUUUACUUUGGUCACUUAAUUCUUUGUCAUUUAAAUAUUUAUUUGAUAUGCCUGAUGAAGUUUAUCAUUUGGGUAAUGAACUUUUACCAUCAUUAAUUGAUAUUUGGAGACGAAAAUGUAGUGAUAAGCCAAAAACAGAAAUUAUUAAAUUUAUUCGUUUACAAAUGAGUCUUCAUCAUCCUUAUCAUAAAAAAACUAUUUUAGAAAUAUGUGAUGAUAUUUGGAUGAAAAAUCUUCGAGAUAUAAAUGAUUUACUUUUGAGAGAAAUUGAUGAAAUUUGUCAUAAACAACGUUCAAAUAAUCGACAAAAUCAAAAUGAAUUUAUAAUUCGUUUUGAUUUACUUCAUUUAGCAAGUAGUGUAUUUUAUCAGCUUUCUUUAGAUAAACUUUUAAUUAAAAAUGAAUUAAUGGAUAUUGAUGAUAAUAAUAAUAAUGAUUUAUUUGAACCUAGUUCAAAACGAGCACGUUAUGAACAUUCAAUGUCGAUAUCAACAACUAUUGAUUUACAAAUGAAAUCAUUUCAAAAUUUAUUUCAAUCAAUUGAUCCUUAUCAUCAAGCUGUUGGUUUUCAAAUAGUUUCAUUACAACUUGAACGAAAUAUGAUAUUAUCUUCAACAGAUUGUGAUUAUUAUAUGAAUGUAAUUAAACGAUUUUUAACUGAUGAACGAAGACCAUCACUCUUAGAGAAUGCUCUUCGUUGUCUUUAUCUUCUUCUAACUCAUACAUCAUAUUGUCAAUUAACAUCUGAUUUAAUUAUAUUAAUUCAACCCUUAAUUCAUAUUUCAAUAUGUGAAUCAUAUGUAAUAGAAAUGCUUUCAAAUAAAAAUUUAUCUUUUUCAAAUUUAUGUUCAUGUUCAUCAAUAACUUCACUUAAAUAUAUAUUUCAUUAUUUAACACUUUAUCUAAAUAAUCAAUAUUCAUUAGAUGAUGAAAAUAAAUUAAUUAAUAAAUUACUACCUGAUUUAAUAUCUUUAUAUCGUAAUAAUGAACAUGAUUUAUCAAUAUUUUUUUCAUCUUAUUCACCUGAAUAUACACAUAUAUGUGCAUUAGUUCUUAUGCAAUUUAGUUCAUUUGAUAUAAUACCAAAUCAAUUAUUUAAAAAUAAAAAAAAAAAAUUAAUUAAAAAUGAAUUUGAUCAAAUUGAAUUUGAAUGGUCUCGAUUAAAAUUACUUAUUCCAAUUCAUGAAAAAGAAGAAGAACAAAAACAAGAAGAAAUUCAAUUUGAUUUUUAUUCAAAAAUUAAUAUAUGUGAAUUAAAUUUAAACAUUUUUAAACGUAUUAUAGAAAUCUAUGAAAAAAAUGUUCGAUUUAUUCAACAAUUAAAAGAUAAACAUUUAGUAAGAAUUUAUUCAUAA